AUGGCGACCCUGACUGCGGAAUACGUGGACCCCCGAGAUCAGGGACACGACCUGGCUUCUACAAAUGUGACGGACACGCCGUCGGAUAACUCGUCGAGUGAGGAUGAAAAUCGAGGAUUAGACGAAGAAGAAGAAGAAGAGCAGGACGACGACGAGGAGGAAGAGGAUGUUGAGGGUUACAAUGACGCAGUAUUGUCCAGCAGAAAUAAAUUGGCAGUGCCGUGUUUCGCGGAAGCCGUCGUUUGUCCUCAACUGACGACAGUCAACCAGAACUCCUGCUGCACCAAGAAAGUUUUCAUCAUAAUGGGCUCUAGUCCCUGUGCUGGACCGAAGAUGUUUCAUUCGCCCCCGGAUUUUGCCGUGUUCUUCGUGCUCUUCCACACCUUCGCCGAACCCGGACAGUUCUCGCCGAUUUUUCCUUUGGCGAGGAAAGUGCGAUUUGAAAUCACUAGUGUGACGGACACGCCGUCGGAUAACUCGUCGAGUGAGGAUGAAAAUCGAGGAUUAGACGAAGAAGAAGAAGAAGAGCAGGACGACGACGACGAGGAGGAAGAAGAGGAUGUUGAGGGUUACAAUGACGCAGUAUUGUCCAGCAGAAAUAAAUUGGCAGUGCCGUGUUUCGCGGAAGCCGUCGUUUGUCCUCAACUGACGACAGUCAACCAGCCUGUGAAUGACGUGGAAAUGUGGAAGAGUCGUUUCCGAGUCGUGAAGCUGGCCAGUGCAGUUUCCUACCGUCGAGACAGAUGGAACGUGUGUGACUUCCACGACGGAGAUAUUCGCACGCCAACCAUAUCGAAAUCCCUGUCUGUGCCAUCACUAGUGAACGCAAUUCCGUCUCAUCCAUUGCACAAAGUGGUCACCGAAAGGCGGAUCAGCCCCUUGGCCAUUUGGCGAAUAUUCAACUCUGCUCCUGACACAAAAUUUCUUGCUGUCCAAGCGAAGCUUCCGUUGCAGGCCACCUUGUCUGACCCGGGAAACGGAAAGAAAGCGGAAAGCAGGGUUCUACCGGAAGGGGUUGCUUUGGAAACCCUCGCCAAGAAGAUGCUUGGUGUCUGCAACGAGGCCGACGUUGAGAAAUUGGGAAAGGAUGAAGUUGCUGUCGGUGUUGCCAAAUGUGUCGUGAAGCAUUCCCGACGGAAUUCUGACGGUUUUCGACGGAAAAGGACGUUGACCGUCGCGGAUGUCCACCGAAGAGCUCUUGUAUGCCGUCACCGGUGUCGACGUCAUCGUUCUGGAGACAAUGAUCUUUCCGCCAAACAAGGGAAUGCUGGGCCUCGGUCUUCGUCGAGUGAAGAAAUGCAGAGAGAAAUCCACGAAACUUCGGAAAGGAGAUUGUCAGAUUUUUGCAAAGACGCGAAAAUUCGGGCCCUUUCCAAGAGAAACUGUCAUCUUGCUGCUCACGUGCAGCUCCUGAAGGACCAAGUGCACUCUUUGAAGCGAUCCGUGGCUGCAUUGCAACGGGAUAAAGACCUUCUGCAAAAGCAACUUGGCACCGGUUAAAAAAGACCCGAACAACAAAGCAAGAAGCAUUCCGACGUUUAAAGGCAGUGACGUUGACGGAUUAUUCUUGGGAAGAUUGAACCUCGAUGGACUCGACAGUUGUUCCAUUGUCAGUUUUGGAACAUUUCGUAAUUUUUUUGCGAGAAGUCUGAUGAGUGUAAGCAACUCCGAAGCCGCGGUUCGUGUGAUGAAAGUUUUGAAAUUUUUGGUACAAGAAAGGAAUGCUGAUUUUUUGUUCUAAAUGCAGCUGUGACCGUCAUUUCAUUCUCAAGGCGGUUUGUAGAAAUUUUGAGAGUGUGGAAUUCUUUUUCGCAUGGAUGAACGAUUGUGAUCAGUGGAAACAGGGUCCAGAGCUUGUGGUUUAAAUUUUUUGAGAUACGUACGAUUGGAUUUUAUUGUUCGAAUUUCUGACAAUAAACCCUUUUUUUUUGGGAUUUUUAAAAGUUGUCUCAAAAGAUUGAAUGCGCGCAUCUUCAGGCUUCCGAAAGAUUGGAAAGAUUGUGAUCCAACAUUCUCGGGUUCAAAUUGUGAAGAUGAAUAAACAAGAAAAAUGGCAAACCGGA